AGAUAUGUUUAGCUGAGUUGAGUGGUUGGGUGAUGACAUUAACAUAUAGUUUCUGCUCCAUUGGAUUCAGAUAUAUAACACUUCUCUCUUCUCUCUCACUUGCCUUUCUUCUUCUUCCUCACCCCAAAACCCUAGAUUCGUUAUUCUUACUCUACCUCGUCUCAAUCACUACACUGACUUGUUCAAUUAUUUUGAAACCUCGAUGGCUGAAGUGGAUCAGAACACUGGCGGGGAACACGACGUAGAGGAAACAAUUGAGGCGGAAGAGCACGGCGGUGAAGAGGUGGUGGUUGCUGAGAAGAAGUGGCCGGGGUGGCCCGGGGAGAGUGUGUUUCGGAUGUUGGUUCCUGCGCAGAAGGUUGGGGGCAUAAUUGGACGUAAAGGAGAGUUCAUUAAGAAAAUUGUGGAGGAGACACGAGCUCGCGUUAAAAUUCUUGAUGGUCCUCCCGGAACUGCACAAAGGGCUGUAAUGGUAUCAGCUAAAGAGGAGCCUGAUUCAUCUCUCCCUCCUGCUGUGGAUGGCUUAUUGAGGGUUCAUAAGCGGAUUAUUGAUGGUUUAGAGAGUGAUUUUACCCAUGCUCCUUCAGGUGUGGUCGGGAAGGUUUCCACAAAACUUCUAGUGGCAGCAUCACAGGCAGGAAGUUUAAUUGGGAAGCAAGGAGGAAAUGUGAAAUCUAUCCAAGAAGCAUCAAAUUGUAUAGUUAGAGUUCUUGGAGCAGAAGACCUCCCUAUUUUUGCUCUUCAAGAUGACAGGGUGGUUGAAGUAGUAGGGGAUCCUGCUGGAGUACAUAAGGCAUUAGAGUUAAUUGCCUCACACCUUAGGAAGUUUUUAGUUGAUCGUGGUGUAAUUCCAAUUUUUGAAAUGAAUAUGCAAAUUGCUAAUCCCCACCAUGCGGAACACAUGCCACCCCACCAAUCUUGGGGUCCCCCUCAGGGUCUUCCUCCAAAUGCUGGUGGAGGUCCUGGUUUUGGACCUCCUUCUCAAUACAUGCCACCUCCACGACAACUUGAUAGUUAUUAUCCACCAGCUGAAAUGCCUCCUCCAGUGGACAAACAGCCCCAUCAAGGUAUAUCUGCCUAUGGAAGAGAUGUUUCAGUAGGUGUUCAUGCAUCUUCAAAUACUCAAUCUGCACCUUCCUUGGUCACACAGAUCACGCAGCAAAUGCAAAUUCCGCUAUCUUAUGCUGAUGCUGUUAUCGGAACAGCUGGAGCAAGUAUAAGCUACAUCAGACGAGCUAGUGGGGCUACUGUUACCAUUCAAGAAGCGAGAGGUGUUCCUGGGGAGAUGACAGUUGAAAUCAGCGGAACUGCUUCUCAAGUCCAAACAGCUCAGCAACUAAUACAGAAUUUUAUGGCUGAAGCUGCAGCACCAGCACAGCCGCAAACCGGUGGGCCUGUUGCAGACCAAGGAUACAAUUCAUACCCUGUCCAUGGUUCUGUCUAUGCGUCUCCUCCUUCCAAUCCAGGACACGCUGGAGGCUAUGGCUCAGUUUAUGGUGCAAACUAUGGGUACUAGGCUAGAUAAUGCAUUUAAUGCUGCCUGCCAUUGUUGAGAUGUAAAAUGCUGGGAACAUAAUUAAUGUAAUAAUUUAACAAAUAUUAGAUUAUUGUCUGAUCCCUGGGUUCUGUUUGUACUAAUAGUCUUUUGGAAAGGUUAACAUACUAUUCGUGGCCUUCUAUGUAUCAUCUGUUUGUUCUACGAUUAUAUCUAAUUGGUGCACCUGUCUCUUCGACUUU